CAAGUUGAAACAUUUCAGCGCUUUUUACCAUCAGAAUUCGGAAUGGAUCCUUCGCGUAUGGGACAUGCAAUGCCACCAGGAAGUGAAACAUUUGAACAAAAAAUGGAAGUACGAAAUGCAAUCGAAGCCGCGGGGAUCCCCCACACAUACCUCGUCGGCGCUUGUUUUGCCGCAUACUUCGGUGGGAACUUAUCUCAAAUGGGAACUUUGGUGCCUCCCAAAAAAAGAGUUGAUAUCUAUGGAGAUGGAAAUGUUAAAGUGAUAUUCGUGGAUGAAGAUGAUAUGGCAAAAUAUACCGCAAAGACGCUUAAUGAUCCCCGAACGAUGAAUAAAACUGUGUACGUUAGACCUGCCGACAACAUUCUCACACAUUUGGAACUCGUUCAAAUAUGGGAGAAACUAACCGGAAAAGUAUUGGAGAAGACAUAUGUUUCAGCACACGACUUUCUUGCUGACAUUGAAGAUAAGGAAAUAGCGCACCAAGCGGGAUUAGGACAUUUCUAUCACAUAUACUACGAAGGUUGUCUCACAGAUCAUGAAGUCGGAGACGACGAAGAAGCUUCUAAACUCUAUCCAGAAGUGAAGUACACACGCAUGGAUGAAUAUUUGAAAAUUUUCGUAUGAUUUUUGGUUGAACCAAAAUACAUACAUAUAUGGAAAACAUAUCCGCCAUUUGCUAAGUUUUCAUUCCUUUUUUUCAGUGUUGUUGUUUCGUUAAAGAAUAAAGAUGUUAUUCUGUGUU